ACAUAUAUUACGACAUUUUGAGGCAAAAGUGUCUCGUAUUUGACGUUUGAAUACAUCGUAAAAGGCGUCAAAACAUUGCAAUUGUUUACAAAUGAAUGACUGAUCGCUUCCAACCAUUCAAUCGGAUGUUGUAUUCAUUUGGAUAAUCGUUGGACACAAACAGUCGUCUAAUUAUCUUAUAACCAACAUUUGGAUCAAUAGUGCGCUCAUUGGACACGUCUUGAGGAGAUUGGUGUGAAGUGUCAGAAGUGUCAUCUGAUUGGCGAUCAUAUGACGUGAUAAGCGAUGUUACCAUUGAGUGGAACCGUUUGGAUGUUAAUGCCAUUCGUGGCAUCACUUCUUGCGAUUUUGAUAUUUUCCAUACUAUAUGUCAAACGAUAUCGCAAUCCCUAUGAGUCGGACAGGGGUUCGAGUAUCACAUCAAUUGUGGCACUCUUUGUAUCACUGCUUACCUGUGCUCUCAUUCCCGUCGAUAUCUUCAUCGUGUCCUUCAUGAAGGACUCUUCGAGUCAUUUCAAAGAAUGGGCGCUGAAUAUCACCCAAAGGACUGACAUCGAGAACUCAGUUCUCUAUUCUUAUUAUACGCUGUAUUCGUUGAUAUUCUUCUGUGUAUUCAUUUUGAUUCCUUUCGUGUAUUUCUAUUACGAGGAGAAAAGCGAAGAGGGAUUCACUUCUGAAGGGCGAUUGUGUUCUGCAAUCAAAUUCACGGUCGGCUUCCUAUUCGUUGCGGUGGUUCUGCUACUUAUUGGCCAUCAAUUCAUAGCAAUAACUCAUUUAUUGAACAGCACUUUCAUACCAUUACGCGAAUACUCGCCGCCCCCUAACUCGACCACUAAUGGCACUAAUAGUAGCCACGAAUGGAUCGAUGACAUGAAGUUUAUAUUGGAUGACUUGACCCGAAACAAGGGCGAAGACGCGCUCUCAAUGGUGUUGAGUAUUCUCACGUCUGUAGGGGUCAUCCAAUUGGUUAUAUUCACGGCUUUCGGGAUGUCUUCGUUUCCGAUCGGUUUGAUUAGAGGCACGAAAAGCGCGCGCCUGGAGAUGGAGCGCAUCCAAGACUCGCAUCUCACGAAUCAAACCAAAAUCAAUGCUCUCAGAGAUCGCGAGCGCAUUGGAAACCGAUUGACACCUCGAGAGAGAAGACAACUGACGAAACUGGAAGAGAACGAGAGGAUCAUCACUCGCGAAGAGCAAUACCUCUUGACAUACAGGGGCUCUCUCUUCUAUAAACUCCGAAACCUCGUUCGCCCGCUUCAGAUAGGCUUCGGAUUCAUUCUCUGCGCUCUCUCUUUGAUUAUUUGGGUUUCACUACUGAUUACGAAUAUCGAUAAAGCGAUGCAUUCAUUGGGAAUGAGAAUGGGUUACGCGUUAUUCAAACCCCAGAUCACGAAUCCAAUCGAUAUAAUCUUGGUCACAUUUCAGCGCGUAUUCCCAUUGGAUUACAUCCUAAUCCUGUGUAUGUCUUUGUUCUUCAUAAUGGCCACUAUGUCUGGUAUCAAGAAUUUAGGCAUUUGGUUCUUCUGUGUCCGGCUUUACAAAAUCCGCGUCAAGAAGUCGAGCCCUCAGGCAUUGCUUAUGCUAUUCGCGACUCUAAUGCUGACAACUCUGGGCAUUAAUAUUCUGUUUUAUUGUGUGUCUCCACAAUAUGUCACUUAUGGCAGUCAGCACUAUAUCAACGCCACGGCCAACAACACGGUUAUGGUUUGUUCGUCAAUAGCGUCGUCAGAGGACUGUACGAUGACUCGCGUGAGCGCACUGUUGGUCCGGUUCUUCUACAAGGCCUGGUUUUUCGGCGCUUUCUAUUACUGGUCGAUGUGGGCCUUCAUUGCAGUGUCAGUCUUAUCAGCAGUUUAUGUGAUCAUAAGGCCGACCAGAUCUGUGACGGACGGACUAAUAGAUAACGAUGACCUCGAAGACAGUGACGACGACCUCAGAGCAUAAUAGACACUCUAUUUGUUUAACGAUUUUUCACGUUUAGAUUAUUUUGAAUCGGAUGUUGUAUUUAGAAUACACUCCCUAUUGUAAUAAAUCCUAAAUUAAUUCCUAUUGUAUUUGAUGUAAAAUAAUAUCAGUUUUUAUUUAUGGAUUAUUGUGUGAUAACCUCUUAUGGCAGUAAUCAUUUGAUUUGAUUUGAUUUUAAAAGUAACAUUAAAAAGUAUAUCUCAAA